AUGGGCCGCCCUCCGAGGACGCAGGAAGAGCUUGAGGCCUUCCUGGCCAGGCCGCCAGUCGACUACCAGGAGCGCCGUCGAAUUGCCCUCGAGAACAGCCGCCUCAAUAUGAUGGCCCCGACGAGGAUCUUGCUGGCUGCAGUGUCCUCUUUCGGCGUGGGCACGUCUCUGGGCAUGGCCCAAGGGAGCAAGAUGACCGGCCUGCAGUUCCGUGCCGAGCACGCCCACAAGCUGCCCACCACGCCGACCGGCUGGUUCAUGUACCAUAAGAGCAAGAACUACAACAUGGCCAGGGGAGCUCUCAAGGAGGGCCUCAAGAUGGGCCUCAAGGUGUCCUUCUGGACCACCGCCAUGUUUAUUGUCGAGGACAUGUACGACGAGUACCGCGAGUCCAAGGACUUUGUCAACACCGUGCUGGCUUCCUUGACUGUCGCCGGCGGAUUCAGCCUGUGGAAUCGGUUCAGUCUCCCCAUGACUGCCCGCACCACCAAGACCGCCCUCGCCGUCGGACUCGUCUACGGCGGACUCCAAGACGCUGCCGGUGCAGCGCGAGGUCGACCCAUUGGCUACAUCGACUGGAUCAAAAGACAGAUACGCGGCCAGGGCAAGGGACUAGAACAGAAGAUGUGA